CGGGAUCAAGACUGAUCAGCUUAGCCUAUAAGAUCCUCUGACCCACCCUGGCCCUCACUUACCUGUCCAGCCACCUCUCUUGCCUGAGGGAAGCUGUGACUAUGAAAGACCACACCCUGCUAACCUGCAUGAGCUCAGCACUGUCACCUCCAGGUCUUUGCACAAGUUGUCCCUUCUGCGGAAUGCCUUCUUCCACCUUACGUGAUGGAAAUCCACUUUUCAUGCAAGGCCUUUUCAGAGUCCUUUCUCCCACUGAGCUAUCGUUAUGCCGGCUCAUCUCCCCACCUGGACUUGAGAGCUCCUUGAAAAUUGGGCCACGUCCUAUGCACACUGUUGCUCCAACGCCCAGUGCGGGGCCUGGUGCAGAGCAGGUGCUGAAUAGACAGUGCCCUGAAUAAGAGAUGGCACAUGUCCUUCACCCCACGGUGGCUCACUCCCUGCUGAUGGUGGGAUGGGACUCCAUUCCUCCCUCCAGGCAGCCCGACCAGGAAAGAAGCUGGGAGGCUGGAGGAUAACACCAAGUUUGACUGCUUUCCUCCCGCUGCCCAGGUUCAGUUUUCAUGAUUUUCCAUCUUGGAGGUCGGUGGAAGGAGCAGAGGAAAGGAGAGAGCUGGGGGGAAGGGAGAGACAGCUAAGAAGCCUUUUCCAUUAAGGAAGAAGGCUCUGGAGCCUGACAGACCCCAGCGGCAGUGACAAGGAGUAGCGGGGGAGAGGCCUGCUGCCUGGCUGUCCUCCCCCUCCAGACACACACCCUUUGGAGAGUGGGUGUCACGACUGCCUCCUCUCCUGCCCCUAAUUAGCAGCUGCCCCCACACAUUGUCCUAGGCCAGCGCCCCAGCCAAGGCCUCUUUUGUACUCCCAGAUUCCUGGGUGCAAGGUGGCCUCAUUAGUGCCCGGAGACCACCCCAUCUCCAGGGAGCAGGCAGACAGACAAGGGGGGGACCAGGGGCACAGUGAUCCAACUCCAGCUUCUGAGCGCCUUGGCGGCCAUUCCUUGGGCCCAGCCUGGAGACGGCCCCCCUGUGGGAAGCUAAUCUUAGACUUGCCUUUGUCUGGCCCCAGAGUAGACGCAAGUGUCUGUCUCUCCCCCGCCACCUCAGAGCACUAUAAACCCCAGGCCCCUGGUAGCGGGUCACAGUUGAUGGCCUCAAAGUUCCUGGGUAUUGGGACCACUGCAGACAAUACGUUUCUUGGCUCCCCACUCUGAGCUCCAGACACCAUGAAGCCUCCUUCUACAAAGGUCCCCUGGGCCACCGUAACGCUCCUGCUACUGCUGUUGCUGCCUCCUGCGCUGCUGUCAUCCGGGGCGGCCGCGCAGCCCCUGCCCGACUGCUGCCGUCAGAAGACGUGCUCCUGCCGCCUCUACGAGCUGUUGCACGGCGCGGGCAAUCACGCGGCCGGCAUCCUCACGCUGGGCAAGCGGCGGCCGGGGCCCCCGGGCCUCCACGGCCGGCUGCAGCGCCUCCUGCAGGCCAGCGGCAACCACGCGGCCGGCAUCUUAACCAUGGGCCGCCGCGCAGGCGCAGAGCCAGCGCCGCGCCCCUGCUCCGGGCACCGCUGUCCCGCUGCGGCCUCUUCGUCUGUCGCGCCUGGGGGACGGUCCGGGGUCUGAGCCCUUGCUUAGGCCCUGUCCUGCCCUCUCCUCUCUACCUGUCCGGUGUCAGCCCCCAGAAAAAGGGCAAUAAAGA